UGCUCCAUUCAGAUUUAAGAAUUGGAAAGCGUAAAUAGAUAGGUACUCAAUACCGAGCUUUACAAAAGCCGCGCUGUGUGAAUUUAUCGGGAUCAAAUUUAAAUGUAUGAUCAGGUCUCUGAAAAUAAUAACGAUCUGGAUGUGAAGGUUGUUUCGCAUUGAAUGUUUUUGUGGGACUGAUGUGAAGAGAGGCGUAGGGCAGCGGCGCAACGCAGCGGCGCGGCGCGGCGUCGAUACGUGUCCCGCGCAACGGCCUGACGUCGUCGCGGGCCGCGGGCCGGCGCACUCCGGCAUUCAGGCCUCGCGACGGAUCGCCGCCGUCGUCGCCAGCUCCGCGACUACCUCGAUUUUCCAGCGACGACAAACGCUUAUUCGGCAACGUGUGUAUACACGCAGUGAUAGUUUGGUUUAACGUGAAAAAAAAAACGAUCCAAAGCUGUUCAGUGGUACCUUCUAUAAUAUCCCCAACCUAGUCUGGUGAAAACAAACACAUCGCAGUGUUAUUCGCGCAAGCGCGCCGCACGCGGACAUGUCGAGGUCGGCCAUCUUGGCUGAAGACGCACUUUCGCCUCGCCCCAGCUUCAGACUUUGAGCUGAAACCCUUAGCGGUAACGAAGGGGGUCAGAAUGUUCGACGGGCGAGGCGUCGCGGCGGGCGGUCUCUGAGCCUGCCCGCUCGGCGCGGCUAUCGAUCGUUUCGAGCGCUAUGGCGCUCGCGGAGUGAAUGCGGACAUCGGGACCGUGCCGCAGCUCCCGCACGCGAGCGGCGCGUCCGACCAGUGAUAGUGCUAGAGUGGAGGCGCGGCAUGUGACUCGGCGUGCCCGCGUGGUUGGGAGGGCGCGCGGGCGGCGGCGGGCCCGGCUGACCGCGCGCCAUGGGCGAGGAGUAUCCGCGCUCCCCCUGCGAGCGGUUCCCGGCGGCGGGCGCGUUCAGCGUGGCACCGCCGGAGAGGCUCAGCCCGCCGCCGCCCGCGCCGCUGCCGGAUCGCUUCUCAGCGUCUCCGAGGCGGGUGCGCCGUUGCGCGGAGGCCGAGCGCGCGCGGCGGCCGCGCUAUGUGCCGCCGGCGGCUCACGUGCCGGUGGAGCGGUACGUGCCGCGGCCGCCAGCGCCGCUUCGUCCGCCGCCCCCGGUGUAUUGCGGGCUGGCGUGUCGGCCGCCGCCGCCGUCGUCUCGCAAGUGCUGCGGCCCAGCGUGCCGCGAGGACCUGGCGGGCUCGCCGCCCCCCACUCGCUACGUGGAGUACGUGGGCGCCGCCGCCGCACGCCGCCUGGCAUGCACGCCGCCACCACCACCGCCGCCUGCGCUCCAGCUGCCCUGCGAGCCACAGGAACCUCCGUGCUGUGUACAAGCCCGCAGGCGACCGCAGCCUCCACAUGAUUGGCGCUCAAGCGCAGGCUUGCUGGCACCCCAGCUGGCAUGCCAAAGCGCAUCGCCGGCGCCGGUCGCGUCGGCUCCCCACCCCGCGCCCGCGUCCCCCCCGCGGGUGGUGUCCGCGCCGCCCGCGCCGCUCGCGCCGCCCCCCGACCCCGUUCCCCAGCCCGCCCAGGAAGACGGCGUCAGAUUGCGCAGAGUGCACACCGUUGCGGUGCGGGAUUACCUUAAGAGAGAGACGCAGACGUUCUUCGGCGUACAGAGGGACAAUGAGAGGGAACAACGGCGGCUGUGGUACGAGAGGCGGAGGAGGCACGCGGCGCGGGCGCUCGGCGACCUCCGGCUCGACCUGCCUCCGGAUCAUCAUCCUGAUGAUGAUGAUAUUAGUAUGUAUGGAGCAUCGGGAGCGGCACCGAGAGAGGCCCGGGGGCGCGCGCGCGAGCGCCCCGACGUGCUGCCCGCGCCCGCGGCGGCGGACGAGCCCGCGCCGAGCGCCCUGCCGCGCCCUGGCAAGGACAGCGUCGCGCGGCUCACGCUCAGCGGCCUUUCUUAUGUUGUUACUGCGGUGACGCGGCGAUCGCGGCAGUCGUCGUCGGCGCAGUGGUCGCGAUCCUUUCGCAGCAGCGCGCCGCAUGAGGAGGGCGACGUAGAUGACGUGUUCUUCGCUGCGCCGACCUCUGUUGCGCACCACGACGAUGAGAUUGACGGAGUAAAGAGCGCUCGAUCGCCUCUGAGUUCCGGAGGCGUGGAGUACCGACGGCCGGAGCGGAGCGUGUCGUGGGGCGCGGGCGGCGCGCGCAUCCACACUCCGAUGCUUGAGCCGUUGGCAGAUAACUCCAAUCGAAGGCAGUUCGGCAUGGGCGUCGUUGGACGAUUUUUCAGACGGUCGCUCCGCAAAUCCGUGACGCGGCAAGAGGACGUUGCUCAGCAGCUGGACGAGCUGACAGACUACCGGCCGUACUUCACGUGGUGGGUCAGCACGGUGCAGACGCUGGUGCUGCUGCUGAGCCUGCUGUGCUACGGCUUCGGGCCCGUCGGCUUCGGCCGGCACACGCAUUCCGGACAAGUGCUCGUGAAGAGCUUGAGUUUGCAACAGGUUGAAUGGGAAGAGCCAGCUUCCUUCUGGCUCGGGCCGCGGGCGGCAGACCUUAUACACUUAGGUGCUAAAUUCGCCCCUUGCAUGAGGAGGGACGCUAGGAUAGCGCGCGCGAUAGCAGCAUCAGCGAGAAGAGAACGCGACACGGCGUGCUGCAUACGAAACGACGAUUCUGGCUGUGUACAGUCAUCCAAGGCUGAUUGUUCGAUAAGAGGAUUAACCCCGAAGGUGGGUCUGAACACAAUAUCGACAUGGAAAAAAUGGUCGUCGGGUGAGUCCGGUCCCGGAGGUCGGAUAUCGGGCUCAGUUUGUGGGCUUGAUCCAAAGUUUUGCGAAGCUCCACGUUCUAUAGCCCCGCACGAGUGGCCGGACGACAUCACAAAAUGGCCGAUCUGCCGCAAGUCUGUGAUCGACGGCUCCGCCGCGGCGGGCCGCGCGGGCCACGCCGCCGAGCACAUGGCGUGCGAAGUCAUCGGCCAUCCGUGCUGCAUAGGCGUGCACGGCCAGUGUGUCAUCACGACGAGAGAGCACUGUGAUUUUGUUAAGGGUUACUUCCACGAGGAAGCGUCGUUGUGUUCACAGGUGUCCUGCCUCGAUGACGUAUGCGGCAUGCUGCCAUUCAUGCGACGCCGACGUCCCGACCAGCUGUACCGCGCCUGGACCUCUCUGUUUGUCCACGCCGGCCUGCUCCACCUGGCGGCGUCGUUGGCGCUGCAGUGGCUGUUCAUGCGCGACCUGGAGAAGAUGGCGGGCCCGGUCAGGAUCGCAGUGGUGUAUCUGGGGAGCGGUGUCGCCGGGAACAUGGCAUCGGCGAUCUUUGAGCCUUAUAGAGCUGAGGUGGGGCCGGCUGGAUCUCACUUCGGCUUGCUGGCGUGCCUCAUAGUAGAAGUGAUCGGCGCGUGGCCGCUCCUGAAACAUCCGCGCCGCGCGCUCCUCAAGCUCAUAGGGCUCGCGCUGGCGCUGUUCGCGCUCGGCCUCCUGCCGUGGAUCGACAACUUCGCUCACGUGUUCGGUUUCGUAUUCGGGUUCCUCCUGUCGUACGCGCUGCUGCCGUUCAUAACGUUCGGGCCGUACGAGAGGCGGCGGAAGAUCGCGCUGGUGUGGGCGUGCCUGGUGUCGGCGGGCGGCAUGAUGUGCGCGCUGGUGGCGCUGUUCUACGCGGCGCCGGCCUACGAGUGCGCCCUGUGCGCGUACUUCACGUGCCUGCCGUUCGCGCCCGACAUGUGCGCGUCGCAGGACGUGCGCGUGCGCCAGCUGGACGGGGUAUGACGGCGCGCGGCGCGGGCGUGUCCGCCGCCAGAGCCCCCGAGCCCGAAGCGACCCGCCGCCUGCCGCGGCCCCCGCCGAGCCGCAGCCU